UGCAGUGAGGCGAGUUUUACUUUUACAGUUCGAAGUAGCAUUCAGAGCUAGCGGGAACAUGGAGCCUAAGCAGAUAAGAGAGGGUUACCUGGUCAAAAAGGGUACAAUGCUGAACUCCUGGAAAGUGGUGUGGGUGGUGUUGUCAGAUGACGGAGUGGAGUUCUACAAGAAGAAGACAGACAGCAGUCCUAAAGGAAUGAUUCCACUGAAAGGAGCCACCCUCACCAGCCCCUGUCAAGACUUCAGCAAGAGGACGCUUGUUUUCAAGGUCAGUACUUCAAAGAACCAGGACCAUUAUUUCCAGGCCACCCACCUGGAGGACAGGGAGGUUUGGAUCAAAGACAUCAAGCGAGCCAUCACCUGUCUGCAAGGGGGCAAAAAAUUUGCCAGAAAGUCCACUCGCAGGUCCAUUCGCUUACCUGAAACAGUCAAUCUGAGUGAACUCUAUGUUUCAAUGAAAGACCCAGACACAGGAGUGAAAGAGUUGAAACUGGAAAAGGAGAAGAGAAUCUUCAACCACUGUUUCACAGGCAACACCGUGAUUGAUUGGCUGAUCUCUAAAGAGAAGGCACGGAACAGGCAGGAGGGGCUAAUGCUGGCCACAGGACUCCUGAAUGAGGGCUUCUUGCAACCAGCCGGGGAGCUGUCCAAGGGGGCAGCCGAGGGGGCAGCCGAAUCAGUCCUGCUGGACCAGCUGGAUGCACUGUAUUAUUUUGCAGACAGUGGCUUUUUCUGUGAGGGGUACUCCAGUGACGAGGACGUCAUAGUCAAAGAAGAGUUCAGAGGGGCCAUCAUAAAACAGGGAUGUUUAUUGAAACAGGGACAUCGAAGGAAAAACUGGAAGGUGCGGAAGUUCAUCCUAAGAGAUGAUCCUGCAUACAUGCAUUACUAUGACCCCACCAAGGGUGAGGAUGAACCCCUAGGCUCCAUACACCUGCGGGGUUCAGUCGUGACUGCGGUGGAGUACGUCCCGGAUGCUAAAAGGUAUUCUGUGGAUGGCAAUCUGUUUGAGAUCAUCACGUCGGAUGAAACACACUAUUUUCUGCAGGCAGCUACGGAAGAUGAACGUAAAGAAUGGAUCAAAGCCAUCCACACUGUGUCCAAGACUGGAAAGUAGUCAUUAAAUUAAAGACUGUUCUGAAAUGGACUUCUAAAUGGACGUGGACUUGCAAGUUAGACUGAAAUAUUAUUCAUCAAAAAGAGUUGGUUGGGCGAAAAGUGUUUCAUCUCCCAGGAGUUUUAGAGAAAAAGAAAUAUCAGGGAUUCAAGCAGACACACGCCUUCAGGGCAACUUCACUACUGCCACUACUGUUUGUGUACACAACCACUGGUUAGAGGAACCAUACUAACUACUUUUACUACAUGUGACUUGUUGACAGAACUCUCUCAGGGCAGUCCUGUUGUCAUCACAAAUUGUAGAUUCAACUUUUUUGACAUUGUAAUUGCGUCUAAUGCUCAUACAUAAUAAAUGGUAAAUUGCUGGCCCUUAAUUAACUCCUU